GACGAAUGCUGCUCGUCUGAGCUGGAUGUUUGUGUUGUUUUUGAUCAGGAUCGGACGAGGAUGGAGCAAAGAGAGGCCGUGGGGGAUCCUGCUGCCGAGGUGACUGACGGGAGGCUCAGGGAGUUAGCGUCCAAGUGGUUCCUAGACACCCAAGUACCACUUAUUGUCAGCAACGGCCUCCUCCCCUCCUGGUUCCUGGGCUUCAUCACCAGAAAGGUCGCUGAGGACAUACUCAGAGAAAAGGACUUGGGCUGCUUCUUGAUACGUCUCAGUGAUAAGGCCAUUGGAUAUAUACUAUCCUACAAAGGCAGAGAUCGGUGCCGACAUUUCGUGAUCAGCCAGAGUGAGACAGGACAGUUUGUGGUGUGUGGCGACACCGAGGGACACAACACUGUGCCUGAACUAAUUGAACACUACAAGAUGAGCCCCAUCCAGCCGUUUGACGAGUACUUGACUUCCUCGUGCUUUGAAGCUCUCACUGAAGACCUGUACGACAUGAUACAGGUCAUCCCGAGGGAAAACCCCUUUCCUGCGCUCAGAGCUACAAACAACGGGCAGAAACGGCCGGUGAACUCAGCAGUGUCGGCCACAGAGCAGCAACCCAAAUGGCCAGCAAAGACCAAUAAAACUCAAGAAGAAGUACCGCCUUUGCCCCGGAGGAGCAGGCCCCUCGACAACAGCACCUCCAAUGACCACGACAGGAUCCUGUACGCUCAGCUCAGGAAGCAGACGGCCAGGGACGCACCUCGAGCCCAACACACCUCACAGGACAACCUGCCAGGAGCACACCUAGGAAAGGCAGAGAGGUCAAAUCCCAAGGAUCAGAGCGGUGGCAGAUAUAGUCCUCCAUCGCUUUACUCUGAACUCGGCCUGCGGGACAGCAAGAGCAAGUCUCUGCCGCUGCUGGACGGCAGCUCCGAUGGGGAGCAGUCUUACAGACUGAGUGCACCUCCAGACACCCCGCCCAGACUUUCCCCCAAGCCGGUCAGACAGGCUGACAGCUGUGGCCCGCAGUCGGAGAGGACAGACGUGAGCAGCAGAGCAAACAGCAGCUACAGCAUGGACUGCAUGAGCGACAGCGGUAUUUACCACCUCGCCGGCAGGCCCGGGACCUGCACCCCAGCAGCCGCUGACAACAGAUCCUUACCCUCAGAGCAGCAUUGUGAUCCUCUGUAUGCCGAGGUCGCCAGCGAAGCUUCCAAGGUCGCUCACGACAGCACGUAUGAGCUACUUCCUGGCCACAAGGAGACGGCCAAGCCCAAACCCCGCAGCAGCGCAUAUGAGCCCGUGGAGGACUUCAGAUCCAAACAGAACAGCUCAUCCUGGGGAAUGAAGAAUGACAAAUGGAGAUGGCUCUUCCCAGACGUCAAGAAGAAGUGGUGAAGAAGCUCCCUCACCAACUAACCUACAAAUGUUUACUUCUUGUUCCUUAUUUAACACUACUGUGCUACUUUUUAUUAUACAAUCUGUGAAAACAUCUGCUGUGUUUUGUUUUGCUUUUUAAUAUAUUUAUUUAAAAGUAGUAACCCUAAACUAUAUUUCCAUGUGAGCUUAUGUUUUAAAUAUAUU